CCUCCCCCUCCCAACCUUCCCCAGGGCUGAACUACCCAGGAACACAGAUUUUCGCUCUGAAACCCCCUCUCCAGCUCGCAGAGUCGGACCGCGAUGUUAUUCUCUGCGCUGAGACGAUGCGGCCCCGGAGUGCGAAGCUCCGCAGGUCGGCCAGCAGGAGCCGCGAUUGGACAGAGACUUUGUCACAGUUCUUCCUUCAGGAUUCACCCCGGCGUGAGGCAGGCUUUGGCUGACGGGAGGCCGGUCGUGGCUCUAGAGAGUACAAUUAUAACGCACGGGAUGCCUUAUCCACACAACAUCAGCAUGGCUAAAGAAGUAGAAGACGUCGUGCGGGCGAACGGGUCGGUGCCGGCGACGGUGGGGAUCUUAAAGGGCAAAGUCCACGUCGGUCUCUGCGAAGAAGAGCUGCUCUUUCUGGCCAAAAGCAAAGAGUGCGUUAAGGUUUCGCGGAGGGAUCUCCCGUAUGUUCUAAGCCAGGGGCUGUCUGGGGGAAGUACUGUGUCUGGGACCAUGAUAGCCGCUCAUCACGCUGGAAUUCCUGUGUUUGUGACCGGCGGCAUAGGAGGCGUUCAUCGCGAUGGGGAGAAAACCAUGGAUAUCAGCGCGGAUCUGACGGAAUUAGGAAGAACGCCGGUGGCCGUGGUAUCAGCCGGAGUGAAGUCUAUCCUAGACAUUGGCCGUACUCUGGAGUAUCUGGAAACAGAAGGAGUCUGCGUUUCUACCUUUGGUGAUUCUAGAGAUUUCCCGUCCUUUUUUACCCCGCGCAGUGGGUUCCAGGCUCCGUGUCAUGUCCGGAACGAGGUAGAAGCUGCACAGCUCAUUGCCAGGUCCCUGGAGAUUGGAUUGGGAAGUGGAGUCCUGAUAGCCGUUCCCAUUCCCUCUGAGCACUCGUCCUCCGGACAGGAGAUAGAAGAAGCCAUCCAACAGGCCCUCACGGAAGCCGGGCUGCAGGGGAUUGUGGGAAAGGAGGUGACGCCGUUUGUGCUGCGGAGGGUCAAUGAGCUGACAGGAGGCAAAUCCUUGCAAUCCAAUAUCGCGCUCAUUAAAAACAACGCCAAGGUGGGCAGCCGCAUCGCGGUCGCUCUCAGUGAGAUCCGGAGCCCUAAACGGGGACCGAGGAAGAGCCCUCCGUGUCCUGAAAGACGCGAAAAACCUCCUGCCGACUCCAGACCUGUUGUGAUCGGAGGCAUCAAUGUUGAUUUCAUCGCAAAGUCAGCUAAUGACAAGAUGGUGUUCGGGGGUCAGACCAAUCCCGGCCGGGUUCAUCAGUCUUUUGGAGGAGUCGGCAGGAAUUUGGCAGACUGUCUGAGCCGCCUUGGAGAGAAGCCGCUCUUUAUCUCGGCUCUGGGGCAGGAUGACCACGCGGACUCGGUGAUCCGGUUCUGCUCCCACAUGGACAUGCGCGGCGUAGCGCAGCUGAAGGGCCACAAUACAGCCACGUACUGUGCGGUGAUCACAGACAGCGGGGAGCUGAGCCUCGGUCUCGGGGACAUGGAUAUCCAUCAGCGUAUAACCGAGACCUAUGUGUCUCAGUUCGCUGACAGUCUCCGGCAGACCCCGCUGCUGUGUAUUGAUGGGAAUGUACCAGCGUCCACCAUCCAGUAUGUCUGUGAUCUCGCCCGGAAAAACUCCGUGCCAGUUUGUUACGAGCCAACAGACGUAGACAAAGCUUCAAAGCCUUUCCUCUCCGACAGCUGGAAAGCUCUGACCUAUAUCUCCCCAAACCUCAAAGAGCUGAUCUCCAUCAACGUGACUCUGGGGUGCCCAGUGCCCUUUGAUGUUCCAUCGGAAUUAGAUGAUGUUAUUGACGCCGCCAUUACCCUCUCUCUACCGUUGCUGGAGUAUUUGCGCGUUGUGAUAGUGACUUUAGGAGCCCAUGGGGUGCUCUUGUGUGGUCUCAGCAAUGAGGGGACCUUGUCCCUGUGUCCUAGAACCAAGGUACGCCGUGGAGAUCCAUGUGCCUUGCAUUACCCCGCCGCUCCAAUUUCUCCAAAGGACAUCAUCAACGUAUCUGGCGCCGGUGACAGCCUCAUGGCCGGACUCCUCUCUGGGGCUCUUUCGGCAUUAAACACGGACACCUGCGUUCGGAUGGGUCUCCUGGCCGCACGUCUCUCCCUCCAGUCACGUGGCCCGAUAUCGCGGCUCAUCUCACCCUCCGCAGUCAGCCCCCAGCAGGUUGAGGCCAUGAUCUGGCCUAACCCCAGAGUAUGGAGAAUUCGUCCAUCUGACGGAAAGACGUUUCUCACCUCCAGACACCAACAACAGUCCUAAGGAGGACAUCUGUGAAAGCCAUGAGACAGGACUGGGUGGACACCUCAAGCUCAUGUGAUAUGAAUGAUCCCAUGUAAAAUAAUAUUUCUUUCUACAUAUUUUACAUUCAUGAACGCCAGACCCUUCAUGUCUAGUAGAGGAAUAUAAAAUUCCCAAUAUGCCUUUCCUGAUGAGGGGGCAUCUCACGAGGAUCUCAUGGUACGUCGUAGACCCCCCACUACUUGUCUACUAGUACCUGAUACAUUGUAUCUAUCUUCCCAGUAGCACAUUCCUUUUGCCCUAAAAUUUGGAGGAAUCCAAUCCGAUAACAAAACCCGCCCAGUCCCAUCGAA